UCAAAGGAUACCUAUUAACACUAAAAAUAGACACACCCAGAAAGGUAUCAACCUUUUUCUUAAAUACAAGACACAUUCGUAUGGUUAGGGGACAGGACUGGAUUUGACAUCCUACGGGUUUCGCACUGGACCUAGCAUAACAUGGACAGAAGAAAAUCGUACAAAGAUCCCAAUGUGGAUUAUAUCAGACCAACUGAUAGAAAGAACAGCAAUGAAUUAUAUGUACCCAUACCGUACGUCCGUGACAAUGGUGAGGACAGAAGUGUAUCGAGUGGCAUGGCGUUCGGAAAUUAUGCCAUAUCUAAUGAAUAUGCUGUUGAGGAUCCCCACUGGAACACGAUGGCAUACAACUCAAAACGUCACUGGUUCAAGGCCAACUGGUCGGAGCAAUAUGUGGAGUCAAACAGCCGAUCAGAUGAUGUGAGCCGUGACGAACACAAUUAUAGAUCCAAGCGCCGCCAUGGCCGAGAAGAUUUUGCCCGUCCUUCUCCACGAGACAAGAAAGGAGGAAACACAAACAUCAAACACUCAGCUCUGGCAGUAUUCAUGGUAGCGGUGGUUGUAGCUAUCCCACUGUUGAUUAUCUUCGUCUUCAGGAAAGGAUCCCCGAUCAUCGAAGGAACAAUAGACUUGGAAUUAAAAUUAUCUGACCAGUUUCAAAAAGGCAUGGAGGAUCCCACUUCUACCGUGUUCAAGUCGACGGAGCAGGAACUUUGUACAGAGGUAGAACAGGCAUUUAUUACAGACGUCAACUUCCAAGAGGGCACGAAAUAUGUGUGUAAUCUUAAAUCACUAAGAAAUGGCAGCAUCAUUGUCACUUUUGUGAUAAUCGUUAUUGGCAGUUACACUAUACCUGGCGACGAUCAAUAUGUCCAAGCGGUUACAAUAUUCAUAGGAGCAGCGAGGACCCUGGGGUCAUUUACAGUAAUAAGUGAAUCCAUAGUUGUCAAAUCAGCUUCCUAUACGCAGCAAGGCGUCCAAAUUACAACAACCACAUCUGAGCCCACGACAACAACAUUCACUCCAGAGUCAACAACUACCACUCCUGAACUAACAACAACGACAACCACUCCGAAUCCAACGACAACCACUCCAGAGCCAACAACAACGACAACCACUCCAGAGCAAACAACAACAACAACCACUCCAGAGCAAACAACAGCAACAACCACUCCAGAGCACACAACAACAACAACCACUCCAGAGCAAACAACAACCACUACAGAGCAAACAACAACGACAACCCCUCAACAAACAACAACAACAACCACUCCAGAGCAAACAACAACGACAACCACUCAAGCGCAAACAACAAUGACAACCACUCCAGAGCCAACAACAUUGACAACCACUCCAGAGCCAACAACAACGACAACCACUCCAGAGCCAUCAACAACGACCAUCACUCCAGAGCAAACAACGACGACAACCACUCCAGAGCAAACAACGACGACAACCACUCCAGAGCAAACAACGACAACCACUCCAGAGCAAACAACAACAACAACCACUCCCGAACCUACAACUACUACCAUUUUCCCACCUGAAAUGGAAAUGAAUGAUUCUAUCACAAGACCUGAGGAAGAGAUCACUAUUAGCUGUAACGUACGGUACGCUCCGUCCGGAUGGGAUAACUUCAGUAUAGUAUCAGUGAACAAUGAUGACAUCCACGUGACAGCCUUUUCAAACGGAACUUUUCAACAGGGCAACAGUUCUUAUACAGCUAGACUUCAACAAAGUAGUCCAGAUAUGAUACUUAGCGUGCUAUUUCUUAAUACCACGACACACUGUUACGCUAGAGGGAGUUACGUGUGUACAUUGAUCGACAACGGAAUCAUCGUCAUCAAUAAUACAGCAACAGUUAUAAUUACAGAUAUCGCUAGCAACUUAACACUUGAAGGUAACGGCACAGUUAAUGAGGGUGACAGGUACGAGAUGAGCUGUUCUGGUAGAGUAGCUACAGAAGGCGGGGAACUCCACCUCCAUGUACGAUCCGGUAAUACUUCGGACUUUAUCAGGACCACAGAAGUCCCAAUAGUAACCGUUGGUGAUUUCAAUGACAUGUGUUACCAAUCCAUAACCAAAAAUUACGGUUUCAUCGCUGAGAAGGUCCAGAAUGGAACAGAAUUCGCCUGUGUCGCCACUAAUGUCAAACUAACAUCCUACCAAAGCACCACUUCCAUCGAUAUGGUAGUGGACUUUGCAGAUUUCAACACUCAGCUUCAUUUGCAAAACACUACAUGGAUCCCUGCCUAUGGUGACAAAAACAGUCCUGAAUUCAAGAGCUUUGCAGAGAAAAUAGAAAAUGACACUGACUAUGUAUACGAGAGAAGCAAUAUCAAGGAUAACUACAAGAAAAGCAAAGUCAUUGGACUCGAGAAGAAGGAGGGUGUCUAUGUCACUUUCGUGAUGCAUAUAGUUACCCAAGUGGUUCUCACCGAUAGCUCCGGCAAUGUCAUCACAACAAAACUGACACCGACCGACAUCGUUUCUGCAUUUGUCGACACGCUCCCUACGGUUGCCAAUGAUCUUACCAGCAGUGACCUGAUUGACUUAGACACCAACAACAUUGUCACAGAUGUUAUUAUUGAUCCUGGCGACGGGUAUGAAUGCAGCAAUACGAAGACUGACAUUGUAAUCCUCCUGGACGCCUCUGGAAGUGUCGGACGAAGUAAUUUCGUAUUAAUGAAAGUUUUCAUACUCAACAUUACAGGAAACAUUCUGUUAGAUCCAAACGGCAUUCAAAUCAGUAUUGCAAAAUUUUCGACAUAUCCUAAUAAUGAAUUUUGGCUCAAUGAACAUCAUGGAGUAUAUGAUCUCCGUGAUGCUAUAGAUUCAAUCGUAUACACCGGUGGAGGGACAUACAUAUCAAGAGCCUUGCAGUUCGUUAGGGAUAAUACACUUACCGCUGCGAAUGGAGCAAGAGCUGACUCGGAAAAGAUUAUAAUUCUGAUGACUGAUGGAGUGUCCGCCGAUAGUUCCACAACAAUCGCCAGCACACUCAGGAAUGAUGGCGUCCUGGUGAUCUCUGUAGGAAUAGGACGCGGGAUUUAUAAGGAUCAGUUAGAUGAAAUCGCUUACAACACCUCCUACGUAUUUAUUGCUGAUGAUUUUAUCACGUUGACGACGCAAAUAAGAGAUACUGUGAAGGGGUCGGCCUGUGGGACUAUUGACAACAAUUUUGAUUGA